CAUCUGCCAAAUACAACCACGCUCAUCCCUCUACAAACAAUACACCCAACAUCCCAAAUUACUCCACAUCAUGGCAGACGUCGAAGCAGCCGAUGCGUCCCACGAACCACAAUCCAGACAUGUAGUCUAUUGCGGAGUCUGCACACUACCACCAGAGUACUGCGAAUUCGGCGGCACAGUAAAGAAAUGCCAAGAAUGGCUCAAGAAGAACAACUCCACCAUGUACGAGCGCUUAUGGUCCGAAGACGCCCUCGCAGCAGCAACCAGUUCCCUAUCCCUCGACGCCCAGAAACGAGCUGAGAAAGACGCCCAUAAGAAAGCGCUGAAAGCAGAAGCGGCGGAGGCUAAACAGGCUGCUACGAUUGCUAGCAGUAAGGUUAUUAUUAAGAGGGUGGAGAGGAAUAAGAGAAAGUUCGUCACGACGGUAACAGGACUCGAGAAUUUCGGGCUGGAGAACAAGAAAGUGGCCAAGGAUCUGGGGAAGAAAUUUGCUACCGGGGCAUCGGUUACGAAAGUACCGAGUGGCGGGGAAGAGAUUGUGGUUCAGGGUGAUGUUAGUGAGGAGAUUGAGGAGUUCUUUUUGGAGAAAUUUCCUGUGAUUCCUGAGGAUAAUAUUGAGCUUGUGGAGGAUAAGAAGAAGAAAGGGAGUGGAGCUGGAGGCUAGACGGUUUAGGGUAUUAGUGUCAAUGGUCUGGAAAUGAAAUUUGAU